CUUGCUCCUCAACACCGCGGGUGAAGCCUCUCGCCUUGAGGGAGACAAACUUCAGCGAGUCGUCGGACAAAGUCGAUGACCAGAGACGGCUUUACUCGAGGAAUCCAGCCGUACAGCUGUUAUGGGAGGUUUAAAGUGCUGGGGAUAACGUUAAUUGACAUGGCCUUCAAGCAGACUGCAGCUUCUUGGUGACUCAGGCAAAUGUUUCUGGAGCUGCUAAGAAAAUGGCCUCCCAGUGGACCCGCGUAAACAGUGCUGAGAAAAAGGUGCCACACACACGCAUAGAGGAUGAGGCCGACAUUCAGCAAACCUACUCCUUUGGGAGGAAAUUAGGUCAAGGUAGCUUUGGGGUCGUCUUUGAAGCCACUCAUAUUGAGACGCAGAAGAAGUGGGCUAUUAAGAAGGUGAACAAAGAGAAGGCUGGAAGGUCUGGAGUGAAGCUACUGGAAAGGGAAGUGAGCAUCCUGAAGCGAGUCAACCAUGCACACAUUAUCCAUCUGGAGGAGAUCUUUGAGACACCAAAGAAAAUGUACCUGGUCAUAGAGCUAUGUGAGGGUGGAGAGCUGAAGAGGCUUUUGCAGAAGAGCAAGCGCUUAAGUGAGGAGGAGACCAGACACAUCAUCAGCAGCUUAGCUGAGGCCAUUGUCUAUCUUCACAAAAAAGACAUUGUUCACAGGGAUCUCAAACUGGAAAACAUUCUUAUAAAGAGUUAUCACCACAGCGACGACAACGGUGUAGUCAAUAUCAAGGUCACAGAUUUCGGUCUGUCUGUGCAGAAAGGUGGAGUUGGCAGUGAGAACAUGCUGCAGGCCACAUGUGGAACACCCAUCUACAUGGCACCUGAAGUGAUCAAUGGCCAUGAAUACAGCCAGCAAUGUGACGUGUGGAGCAUCGGUGUCAUCAUGUACAUGCUACUGUAUGGAGAACCGCCCUUUAUGUCCAGCUCCGAGGAACAUCUUUAUGAGUUGAUCAAGAAGGGAGAGCUCAACUUCUCGGGUCCUGUGUGGGAUACCAUCAGCGAUGCAGCAAAAAAGGUGCUGCGCUGUUUGCUGAAAGUUGACCCGGCGCAUCGCAUCACAGCUAGUGAACUGCUGGAUAACCCCUGGAUCGGAGGAGACAACUCCAUGAAUGCCUCCCCCACUAACGUGCUGGAGAUGAUGCGGCAGUUCCGGGAUGCACCAGAGGAUGGCGAGUGCGACGAGCUGAGUACGGGCUUUAGCAGCCUCUCCCUCAGCCGUUCCCAGGAGAGCCUGGCUGAGCCUGCAGCUUCCCCAGAAUUUCCUACUGCUCCUGCUCUUCUUCCUGGUUCUGUUCCAGGGCUUAGCCUUGAAGUUGACACAGACAGCAACAGCAGCAAACCUUCCACGCCCACUAAACAGCAUCAGAAGAAGAAAAAUUCCUCUUCUUCUUCCAAUGGUACAAAGAAGAACGGACCUCCUGUGAAGAUGUGCAACACUCUCGGCUCAUCCAGUGCACAGGUAACAAACCCUCUGCUCAGCCGAGUGCAAAGCGCCACGCCACACCGAACAAGAUGGAGAGUCUCAGCAGCGGCGGCAGGGCCUCCUCUUCAAAACCAGCAGGACCAACUGCAGUGGCGUGCCCAAGCAAAUGCGAAAGCUCAUUACCACACAUCCCCACCCCCUGCCCCACAGACCACCGCCCCGAUAAACCAGGCCCCAGCCAGAGGGCCAAGAAGAACAGCUAGGCCCCAGGCCGAGCUGCGGCAACAGCAGCAACCGAGGCUGGCGGUAGAGCAGCUGCACCAAGUGCCAAAAGAGAGCAGUGCCGUGCCCAGAGUUUGCUGGGGUGUGGCAGGCAUGCUGGACACAUGAGAGUCUUAGGCUCUUUAAGACAAUACCUCUGGCUUAGGUGAGAUCACUAGUGAUGUAGCUGUGAGCCCAUCCAUUCACGUUUAUGUGUUUCUGUGACAGAUGACUGAAAGGAUACCUAGAGCCCCAAUCACCUGCCAGAGACUUCCCAUGGACAGUCUUUGAAUCAACUGUACAUACCUCUCAUCUGUCAAGGAUGAGGUACUUUAUCCUCAGCUCUUUUUUACCAAAAAAAAAAAAAAACUCACAAAAGAGAGCAAAUACCAGCUGAAGGAAAACCAACCUGCUGCUUUAGGUACGUGGACUAUUUGACAGCUGUUAGAAUCCAGUGAGCCUGUCUAGCUUGAGCCUCAUUUGCCUGACCUUCUGCCAGUGACACUUUCUGAGGCGCAUUAAUUGAAUAUUUGUUAACACAAAAUGCAUAUAUUUCUUGGGUAAAAGAAAUAAAGUACGUAUCGGAGGUUUACAGGGUUUGGUAGCUGUAGUUUUGACUUUAGAUCCGAUGUCACUUGGCCUUAGAUGAAAUGUUUGCCACUUUAAACGGUAUUCAAUAUUGACAUUUACGCAAAGGCUUCAACAAUGCAACUGUUAUUUUAUAGUCUUAUGAAUAUGUCCUUUUUGCCAAAUCAUUAAAGGGAAACUCAUGUAAAUGCUGAACUGUUUUACAUGUCUAAUAAACACGAAUUCAUUUAAAUUUUA